AUGAAGAAUGUUAUUAAUACUAAAAGUUACAAUAAAACAAUUAAAGAAAAUAUAACUCUAGUUAAUAUAUCAAAUAAUGAAGAAUCAUAUAUUAGAAUGCCAUUAAAAACUAAUAGAGGAGAAUAUGUAGUUGCAAAUAAUUAUAAAAUUAAUACUUGUAUAAUAGGUAAAACAUUCAGUUCUAUGCAACUUGGUGUUUUUUGUUAUCUUUAUGAUAAAAAAAAUUUUUUGAAAAAAUUUAAAUAUAGAAAAAACAAAGCUGCUGAUAGAAAUAUGUGUAAAAGAUAUAAUAGAUAUUAUAAAAUGGAUAAAGUUAUUAAAACAUUUAUGAAUGGAAAUAAUACAAAAUUUUUUAAGGAAUGGAAAAAUUUACUUGUUGUUCGAGAACCAAUUAGUAGAUUUAUAAGUGGUUUUGUUCAACUUUGUGUUCUUAAAAUUGGAUUAUCUAAUGAUCAUCCAUACUGUUAUAAAUGUGAAAAAAAUAUGUAUUGUUUUUUGAAACGUUUAUAUUAUGAUCUUAUUAAUGUAGAAAAAGGUAAAAAAAAGCCUAUGUCUUUUAUAAAAUACCAUUUUUAUCCUCAAACAUGGCAAUGUGAAUAUAGUUCAUAUAAAAAUAACUAUUCAAUUAUUCAUUAUGAUUCUUAUGAUAAAGAUAAAUUUUAUAAAAAAUAUUUAAAAGAACUUGAAAGUUCUGAUAAUGAAGAGACAAUGGAUGAUUAUAUUGAACUUAUUAAAAUUGAUGAAAAAUAUAACUAUUUUAAGUAUUCAACAAAUGUUACAAACCAAUCUUUAAUAUUAAUAAAUCUUCAUUUAGUAGAAAAAGAAUUACAACCAAAUAUAUAUUCACAUUUUAUUUAUGCUUUUGGUUUUGCUCAAUGUAUACCUCAAUAUACUAAUAAAAGUUCUACUACAUUGAUAUUAUAUGAUAAAACAAAUAAUUUUUUUGCUAAAGCAGUUACUUCAACUGUAGGUACUAAUUGUCCAUGGAAUUGGGCAGUCAAAUGUAAAUGGCAUUCAUUUAAAGUUGUUUUUUCAAUUCCCAAAAAUGUUGCUAGAAAUCUAAGUAAUGUUACAAUAUUUAACUUACAUACAAAAAUAAAAGUUAAUGUUAAAGUAAGAAGAAAUUUAAACGUUAAUAUUAAAAAAAAUAAUAUGACAAUUUGUGUUCCACCAUUAUAUUGGUAUAAUAAUUUUCUUCAAAUAUUUAUAUUUACUGAGGUCUGGAAAUUCUUGGGUGCAUCAAAUUUUAUUUAUUACUACUAUACAGUUUCUGAAGAUGUUAUGAAUCUUCUUAAAUAUUAUGAAUCUACUGGUAUAGUAACAUUAAUUCCAUAUAAAACUUUACCAUCUUCUAAAUUGGUUGAUCCAAAUAAAAGUAUAUAUCGUUAUGGUCAUAUAGCAGCUAUUAAUGAUUGUAUAUUAAGAGGAAAAUCAAAAUAUCUAUCAAUUGUUGAUGUUGAUGAAUUUUUACAUUUAAAUGAUAGUUAUUUUCCUAGUGAAAAAAAUUUAUACGAACAUAUAGAUAAAAUUUUUGAAGAAAAAAUUUUUACUGUUGGUUUUAUGUUUUAUCAUCGUGGUAUGGAAAUAUAUUCACAAGACAUAAAAGAUGACUUUAAAUUUUUAAAAGAUAUAUAUUUAAACUCCUUUAAAGGACCACCAAAAUAUAUAAUUCGUCCAGAAAGAGUUGAAACUGUUGAUUCUCAUUAUCCAUUUAAUCAUAUGCAUUAUGCUUUAGGAGAUAUGAAUAUUCGCCAAGGUUAUCUUUUACAUUCACGUUCCAGUUGGACAAACUAUACCAAUAGUAUAAUAGCUAAAGUUUCUUUUAUUUCAUCUAAUCAAAGAAAAGAAUUACAAAAAAAAUAUUUAUUAGUUAAAGAAAAAUUAAAUAUUCAAAGUAAAUUUAUGCUACAAAAUAAUAUUUUAGAUAUAAUGAGCAAAUGUCUUAAAAAUUGGAAAAUACAUGGUUGCAAAGUACCUAAUGAUAUGUGCAAAAAAAAAAUUUUGCAUAUUGAAAAAUGGGUAAAAAGUGAUGAUAAUUUGUCAUCUGAAAAUUAUACUAUUUUGUAA